AUGUCUAUCAACUUCAUGACAAGCAGCUAUCUGCAAUACAAAUCUGACACCGACGCCGUAGCAACAUGGCUCGUUGCCACUGCUAAAAGCUGUGGCUUCCCUGUGGAUACACUCGGAGCUUCAGUCAAUACAACCUCUCCCCCCUCGACUGAACCCACCGGUCCUUCCAAACGUCUGAAAGGAAAAGCGAGAAAGUUAGCUCGCGAGGCUGCCACCAAAGCCGCAUCCAGUGGCUCACAAUCAACCACAUCCCAAAAUGCUAAACACAUUCUCGCCUUGAAAGACUUCGUUGACCUGGCCGAAUACAUCGCUGUAUCAACCAAGCCGGUGGUUCGCGUGCCAGCAAGCUUCGUGGCAGUUCUUGACCGAGCCAUCUCAGUGCGACGCGAACAUGGCAACAAGGCCCGGGCGAAGGGUCCAGCAAGCCUCGAAUCGCGAGAAUCCUCCGACCGACACGAGUAUUUCAUAGGCAUCCUAGAGCAGGUUCGGCAGGCUCUGCAGCCUCGGAUGGCCGACAACCUGGCGAACCGGUUCGAAGGCUUGGAAGUUCAGGAGCCGUCCGAGGCGUUUUUGCAGGCGCCCGAUGCUCCCAUCCCCGCCCCCGCAGCCGACAAGUCAGAGGUCAACUAUGAAGCCGAGCGCCUCAGCGACUACGAAGAAGUGCUCUUCGCAUUUAGCCUCCUACUUCAGGACCUGAGAAAGAUCCGAGCCAUCAUCGUACGGACCUGGAAGGAGUACAAGCUUCGUACGUUUGACCUGGUGGCGGUGUCCCUCAUGACGAACUGUGCCAUCGACUUCGCCCGACACUUGGAGGAGGAAAUUCAGGCCCUUCUGAACGAACACGGAGGGUCGAUCGCGCUGUUGGUCGGCCUCUACGAGGGGAUCUGUGACAUGGUCGGCGACGAUCCGACGCACCGCGAGCGGCCCGGAGACCCUCUGAACUUUCGCACCUACAACAUUGCCGAGUCACUUUUCAUGGCGGCUUAUGUCUUCCUGAACUCGUUCCAUCCGCUCGUUGACGGACACAGCUUUCUCCCAUGCAGAGAACAGUCCUUUGCCACCUGCGACCGGGCGACCGAUUGGGCGCAGAAAAGUGCGAGGGACAGAUUCGAGGAGGACAACAGGGUGAUGUCUGAGGUACUCUCCGAAUUCGUGUAUCUACAUCUCCUCCUCCCGCAGCCGGAGCCACACGAAGACGAAAUCACGCGGGGGAUACGCAAGAUGUUCGACACGCACCAGAUUCCCCUCUGGCUGGUGUUCGCGAGCCAAAUCUUCCUUGACAUUCACCAUUGCCUGGAGGGGGAUGUGGUGAAUGGGUUCGCGGAUUUCACCAACACCGCCAAAUGCAUUCAGAGCUCCAUCGAGCUGAACCAGGAGUUCUUCGCUCAUCUCCGCAUCGUGACGUGGCCCGAACAAUAUGACGCCCGGAUCAAGCGAUUCCUCGAGUUCCUUACCGCGUGGGUGGAUUCCGACUUCACGCAGCCCGCAAAGGAGAGGCACCAGGUCUGGAGGCCUUCAGAUAGCUUCAAACUCAUGAAAUGGCACCCGCUGUUCUGUGGGAUUCUGACCUACUAUGUCAAGGCUCGCUUCCAGGAUUUCGCCAUGGCUUUUCAGGGCACAUGGGGGGCGAUUAUGUACACCGCCCACCUGUACAACGCCCUGCAGCAGGAAGGCUUACUGACGAGACACUGGGCGGACAUGGAGCUUGUCCUGGGCUGGCAUAAUGAGAUUUUCGUCGGCGCCCCGCCCUCUCAGCAACCUGACUUUUUAAAACAGUACAGUCUCUGCAUCGGCUGCUCUGCGGCAGCGUUCGCUCGCAACCGACGAGACCACGCUAGACUACCCGAAUCAAAGGCGGGGCCAAGGCGCAUGAAGCCUGUCGCGCCCGUCUCACGGAUGUUCUUCAGUCGACACUGCGAAGGACUGGCACCGAGUGGAUUCAGCGAAUCGGACCUCGAGACAAUUCUAGCCAAGUCCACUAUAGGGAAGGGCGAACAGCAAGAUGAAUCCCGUUCAACGCAGCGCGGCACCCGCUCCAGCAGAAGCAAACCUACCAAGAAGCGCUCCGCUCGUCAGCUGACCAUCGUCGAAUUACUCGAGACCUUGCGAGACACUGUUCACAACGAAGCGCCGGAAUUCACAUUCGAUUAUCUGGCAUUGCACAGAAACUGCUGGAGACUACUUCGGAUGGUCCGGGACAUGUGCGAUCCCCAUCUGCGCAGGGUACAUGGGGCUGACUACCUGGAGGAUGAGACCGAGCUGCCGUUCCUCGUCGGCUACUUGUUCAUGGCUGCUGCGGGGACAGACGCACUGGGCAAGAUCCUAGCCGAAAAGGACGAGGUAGUCAGCGGCCAGAUGAUGGCGUGCGCCGCCACUGUGGUUGAGGGUAUGAUCGAGUCGGGGGCUGGAUCUCUGGCCGUGAAGCUUCUUGGCCAGCAGGGCUAUCAGAUCGAGUUUGAGGAGAAAGAAUAG